AACCACGUGGCCGGAAGUAACCAGACCCAGCUGAGAUCCAAGAUGUCGGCGCCCGAAGAGCGCACGCUGGCCGAGGAAGAGGAGGCGAUGGACGCGGUGGGAAGCGACGAGGACGGAGGAGAGGACAUGGAGGAGGAAGGAGAAGCCCAACGGAAGGUGUAUGUACCCGGGAUGGAGCCGCUGCAGCCCGGAGAGGAGCUGGAGAUGGACCGGUCCGCCUACCGCAUGUACCACGAGUGUCAGACAGGCGCUCCGUGUCUGAGCUUCGACGUUCUUCCAGAUUCUGAUGGAUCCGGGAGGGAACGGUUCCCUCUGUCCAUGCUGCUGUGUGCAGGAACCCAGGCUGACACCGCCCUGAAGAACAGACUUCUGGUCAUGAGAAUGCACAACCUCCACGGAACGGAGAAAGACAAGGAGGAGAGCAGCGAUGAAGAGAGCGAUGAAGACGAGGAGGAGGAUGAAGAUAAGAAGCCUCAGAUGGAGCUGGCCAUGACGCCUCAUUAUGGAGGCAUCAACAGAGUCCGAGUGACUCGGCUCGGAGAGCGUUCGUUGGCUGCCGUCUGGUCGGAGAAAGGACAGGUGGAGAUAUUCGACCUCCGUCCUCAGCUGGAAGCCGUCCACAGCUCGGCUGCGAUGGCGGCGUUCGUCAGCGAGCAGAAAGAAGCCUCGCCGUUGUUCAGCUUCUCAGGACACAUGGCCGAGGGAUUCGCUAUCGACUGGUCUCCUAAAGUACCCGGACGUCUGGUCAGCGGCGACUGUAAAAAGAACAUCCACGUUUGGGAGCCCAGAGAAGGAGGAACGUCGUGGCAGAUCGACCAGAGGCCCUUCAGCUCCCACAGCCAGUCGGUGGAGGACCUGCAGUGGUCGCCCACCGAGGCCACGGUUUUUGCUUCUUGCUCGGUGGAUCGGUCCAUUCGUAUCUGGGACAUUCGAGCUCCGCCCAACUCCAUGCUCUCGGCCGACGAAGCCCACUCGUCCGACAUCAACGUGAUCAGCUGGAACCGGACCGAACCAUUCCUGCUGUCCGGGGGGGACGACGGGAUCCUCAAAGUGUGGGACCUGCGACAGUUCAAGAGCGGCCGACCGGUGGCCAACUUCAAGCAGCACAGCGCCCCCAUCACGUCGGUGGAGUGGAACCCGGUGGACUCGAGUGUGUUCGCCGCCUCGGGGGCGGACGACGUGGUCAGCCAAUGGGAUCUGUCCGUGGAGUCAUGUGACGCGGGCGCCCGGGUAGAGGGGGUGAAGGAUCUGCCCCCUCAGCUGCUCUUCCUGCACCAGGGGCAGUCGGAGAUCAAGGAGGUCCACUGGCACCCUCAGAUCCCCGGCGUCCUGGUGUCCACGGCGCUGUCCGGCUUCAACGUCUUCAGAACCAUCUCCGUGUAGAAGGCGUGUUCUCAGCGACACGUUUAACGAGCGGCUUGUAAUAAUGUACAGAACUUUGCUAUGUGAGUAGCAACUCUUAUUUUGGACGUUUAUUUGCUGGCAGCGCCGCCACAUGUUGCUCCUAUUGAACUCUGGGUCUGUGUGUUUUACACAUGUGUGAACUAUUUUAGGCAUUUCCUGUUUUACGCUGAAAAUAAAAUGUUUAAAGUCA